AAUCAGACGCGCCGUUCGGCCAGCUGAUUUUCAGUAACAGUUUUGUAUUUACGAGAAGCGGACGUCCUUGUGGUUUUCUGUCUCUCUGGAAUCGCGAAUAUCUACAGACUUACGACAAAUUCAGAAUCUUCGAAGCUGAGUUGAAGAUCAUUUCGGCUCAAGGAUGGGCUGUCCACAGUCCAGGAAGCGAAAGCGUCGUGCUCGAGAAUCUGGCAAGGAGCACCAGCAGCUUUCCAAGAGUGCUUUGAAGAAGCAAAAAAAGGCUAAGGCCAAGAUGGCCAAGGCCCUGGCCGAUACCAAGGCGAAGGGUGAUGCUGAGCUGAGAGCUGUAGCUCUGGCCGUAGCUGGACUUGGAGGGGUCCAGCUGCCUGCCAUUACCAGCAAGCAAACCCCUGAGCAAACCCCUGAGCAAACCCCAGAGCAAACCCCAGAGCAAACCCCAGAGCAAACCACCACCAUCCCUGAGCAAUCCCUGACCGAUGAUGAGCAUACUACCCCUGAGGGAAUCCUGAAGACAAAGAAGGAGAUAAAGUCGCCCAAAGGAAUGAUGACUACUGAUUCUUCUGUCGCAGCUGCCAUCACUGAUGCAGUUGCCAAGGUGAUCAGCGACGAUGCCGUGAGCAAGAGCGAGGACCUGAAGGCCAUCCUGGGACUGACCCAGGCUACCCUGGCCACUGAGCGUCCUACCAGCUCCGCAUCCAUUGGGCCUAGACUGAUCGUUGUCAAUGAGGCCGACAUCUGCAUUGACAACACCGCGGAGAAACCAUCCAAUGCUACUCCAAAACCCGAGGCACUGAUCAAGGAGCCAACUAUCGCCGACAACGAACAUGCAGCUUUUGUUGCCCCGGUGAGUGUGAAAGGAGAUAUCAAGAUCAAGGGAGAGGAUGACAAGGCUAAUGAUCAGAUCGAUGACUCUUCCAGCAACCUGACACUGGAGGCUGCUAACCUUGUGGAGGCCGUCUUUGCCAAUCUGGACAAAGAUGAGCUGAAUGCGCCUCAGCCAGAGGUGCUAGACUCUGCAGCUGAUGAGAUUGCUGCAGCAGAGCAGGCAGCCAUCCUGGAGCAGGAGGCUGCUUAUCUUGUGGAUGCUGUCUUUGACAGCUUGGAUAGAGAGGAUGAGGACGACGACGGGACAUCAACACUGGCCACUGAUGUGCCCAUGGAUGUAGAAGCAUCUUUCAAUCUGGCUGACGACGCAGCCGAAAUUGUGAAUGCUGUCCUGGCCCGUGUGACUGCAGACUUGCAGUAUGAAGGGCAGACCGCUGGUACUGACAUCCAGACAGUUGACAUGGCCACUGACACAGUGCAGCAGACACCACGCAGCCUGGACCUAGAGGCUGCCAAGCUUGUGGAUGCCUGCCUCACUAGUAUCACAGAGGAGGAAAUGGAAAUGCAAACUGCUUCUACUACCACAGCAGUUGAGGUGCAGCCUCGUGAUGAUCUCAAGGAGGAAUCCAAGCAGUGCAACCUGGACCAACAGGCUGCAGAAAUGGUUGGUGCCGUGCUUGCCAGCAUUGCCACAGAGGACAAGAUCACAACCCUGUCUAAGGUCACGUCCACAGCCACUGAUGUGACUUCCAGCACUGCAUCAGUUGACGCAGCCGAGUUGACACGUAUCAUCUUGAGCGGGUUGAAGAAAUCAAGCAUCAACCUUCCUCGCCCGACCUCUGAGAUGUCAACUCAGACUUGUGAGAUGUCCAUUCAGACUGAUGACAUCAUGAGUGAGGAGGCGAGUCCAUCAAAGAAGCCUUCAGCUGUAUCUAAGAUCAAAUCGGCCAUCAAGUCGGCAUCCAAGAAGAGCCGAACAGCCCUUCUGGGCAAAAAGGAUAAACAGAAUGAGGACAAGAAAUCCAGUGGGAUUGGCAAGAACAUCAAAUGUGACAAGGCUUCCGGCAAAGGCAAGACCAAGUUGGCCGAUAGUAAGAAGCCCGCCCGCGAUGUGAAGAAGUCCACGAGCCGUCGCAAGAAGUCUCCCACUGUCGAUCGUAAGAAGUCAACAACUGAUGAGCUGAAAGCCCGCAACGCAUCAAGCAGGAUGCUAAAGCUCAAAGAGGCUGCAAAUGGCACCUCUUCAAGUUCCACAGCCACCAGCUCAAAGGGCAAACAGAUCGCCACUAAGAAGUCAGAGGCUUCAAAAAAUGUCAAGAAGUCUACCACUGCUGCAGGAAGUACUACCAAGGGUAAAGCAAAACCUGCUGAGAAGUUGAAGGCUUCCAAGAGCUCUUCCAGUCCUCGCAAAGGUGGCAAACAUAAGUCACCAAACAACUCUGUGAGUGCCAACACGGCAAAAAAUAAAGAGAGCAGUCUAUCUGCCAACAAUUUGCCAGAUGAAAAACAACAACCCAAAACAGCAAGUGUGACCAAUAAGGCAACGAAAGCACGUGACAACUCGACCAUGAAAUCCAAGUCGUCCCGCAACCUGAAGCCAGGUCGAGUGAGCUUCCAAGCACCACAGGAUGUUGCCUCUUCCCCAACUGCCCAUCGCAAAGUAAUGCAGGCCUCCACUGUGGAAAGCAAGGAUGGUUACAUUGCUCUCACAUCCACUGACUGUCCCCGCUCUUCCAAGAUGAGUACCAAGCACCAGAAACAUCUCAGAAAAGGUGUAAAGUCCAUCUCGAGUGAGGGUCCUCCCCGCAGAGCCAACUCUGCCCAACGAGCCCAUGGACCAAAGACAUCUUUGGCCAUGCUUGCUGAUGCCAGGCCCAGUACAGUGUUGGCCACUCAGAUGGAAUCUGCCACCAUCGCCGAACAGCUACGUUUUCAAGGAUCUGACGGAAGUGCCAUGGGUGACAACAUCGAGGUGAUCAGGGAAAACAGUGUCACACAUCAACUGUCCUUAGAAGACCAACCUUUGGACCAACUCCAGCAGGAUGCCGUCGCUGCAGUGAAUUUCAACAAUCAAGAACAUCAGCAACAGGAUCAAGUGCAGAUUCAGCUGACGCAUGGCAAUGAUACCAAUGCUGUUGGCUAUUCAACAGUACAGUCAUCUACAGUAUCGCCAGUAGCUGUUGAAGGGGAUGGUUGUGCCCAUUCCAUCACGCAGCCAAGAAGCAGGCCAUCCACUGGCAAGAUAACUCCUGUCUCAAGUGCACACCUCCUUGCAGCAAAGAAACCAUCAAGCAGCAUCCUGGAUUGCUCCCGCAUCCAGAGCAGGAGACCACAUUCCAGUGAGUCCCGCGUUCGGGACACUCCAGAGAUCCCAAACAAGAAUGACAUCCUGGAUUCUGGAAGUCCCCGUGGGAGGAGUCCUCUCAGAAGAGCCUCAAAGACUCCAACUCCGACAAAGAUGCCUUCCAAGAAGCCAUCAAGUGAUAUCCUGUGCAGCCCCGGUCACCUUAUCAGAGAUGCUGCAAGCGCUGUAGAGAAGCAGCGACGGAUGAAGAGUAGAUCCACCACCCCCUCCGCCACACCCGGUCAUCUGACACCUGUUGGCGGUGGUGGAGAGUCUCCUCGUCAGGAGACCGCUGAGGUGCAGCUUGGCUGCACCCAGCGCAGCCAUUAGAAAACCUAAUAAAAAAAAUGUGGGCAGUUCCUCUCUAUAUAAUGUUUACUUUAUGUCACAUCCGUAAUUAGAAAUGGCAAUUUUAUGCUAAGUCAAAAAAGGGUGUUCGCUCUUGAAGCUGGUAAAUGUGGAAGUGGUGUUCUCUUCUUUUGUAAUCUCAAAAAAAAAAAAGUCUUACAACUUUUGUCAUAUCUUUAGCCUUAAAACGCUUUUCAUCUCAAUACCCUAAUUUUUUUUUUCGAAUCUAGCAAUGAACUUUAUUUUCAUCUGCAGCCUUAACACUUUUUUCAUCUCUAGCCUUAAAACUUUUUUUUUUUUUCUAGUCAUAAAACGUUUUUCAUCAUUCUCUGGUCUUAAAACAGUUUUUACCUCUAGCUUGAAAUAUUUUUGAA